AGCCAGCUAGUCGUAUCCACAACCGGUGUCACAAUAGGAAGGAAUGCGAAAACGAAAGUAAUAAGCUGCUAUCAUCCAAUUAAAGAACUGUUAUGAUCGUAAAAAAACAUCUUCAUAGCCAUAUGCUAGUUUGUCAGUGUUGCUUAAUGAAGCAAGCCAUGGCGUUUUCAUGAAGAUUUCUGUCUCAAUGGUUAGAUUCAUAACAAGGAACAUUAGAAAAAGUGUUGGACUGAAGAUGGUACCGUUACUGUUAUGCUCACUGCUCUUCUUAAAUGUGCUGUACGAGUCUAAAUCCCAGGCUGCACAACAUACCAACUUCGUGAUUGUGGGCGGUACAGGAGAUUUAGCACGGAAAUAUCUCUGGGGAAGUGCUCUUAGAUUGUUUGUCGAGAACUUCAGUGAGAACAAUACUUUUUCAUUCUAUGCUGGAGCCAGGGUUUCACAAACUGAUGGCGACAAAGCCCUGAAUGAUAUCUUAAACAGCAACAAAUGCGACUCAAAUGAUCCAAAGUGCGAAAAAUUGAGACCAAAAUUUCUUGAAAAUGCAAAAUAUGUAGUGCUUAAAUAUGAUGAAAAUUACACAAAUCUGUGUAACACCUUCAGGACAGAAAAGGGUCCAGAAAUAACCAUACACCAAAUAUUCUAUUUGUCUAUACCAUCUUCAGCAUAUCAGAGUGUUACUCAUAAUAUCCAUAGCAACUGUCGCCAUGAGAAGAUAUCGUCAACCAAAGUAGUUCUAGAGAAACCAUUCGGCCUUGACAAAGAGAGUGCUGCCAAGCAGGCUGAAGUUAUAAGUGAACAUUUCCAUGACGAUGAAGUCCAUAGAGUGGAUCAUUAUCUUGCUAAGUCAGUUUCCAAGCAGAUUUUGAAUUUUAGGGCUAAAAACAGAGAAAUACUUGACGAGUUACUGAAUGGACAGUUUGUGGACAGAAUUGAGAUUGUUAUGAAGGAAAGAAUAGGAAAUAAAGGAAGGAUAGAUUUUUAUGACCAGACUGGUGUGGUUAGAGAUGUAAUGCAGAAUCAUCUUACAGAGUUACUUGCCCUUGUUGCUAUGGAGCUUCCAGUCAAUAUCUCAGAUUGUAAAAUGAUUGAAGACUACAAACUCCAUCUAUUACGGCAAGUCAAACCAGUCAGCAGUGAUGCCCUUUUAUUUGGACAAUAUGCAAAAUAUGUAGAAGAAGCAAAAGAUGAAAUUAAAAAUAUUGAUCAAUCACAUCUCACCCCAACAUUUGCUGCAGCCCUGCUGCAAAUAAAUAAUCCAAGAUGGCGGGGGGUGCCUUUCAUUCUUACGUCAGGCAAACAUAUGGAUGAACGGACAAGUCAUGUGAGAAUAUUAUUCAGGGAAAAAGAAUUCUGUGUGAGUGGAUGUGCUGACGGGAAUUCAACUUUCACAAAAUACCCUAGGCAGUUGAUUUUUCAAAUUGGACAUGGUCCUGUCCCUUCUGCAGGGAUACUUGUAUCCAAGUCGCUCUUUAAUCCGUCCUGGCCUUCAAGCAUGAAAGAACUCCCCAUGACUUCAAAAGACAGUGCUAUACAUGGACAAAGCCCCGGAGAUUUUCAUUACGCUGUUCCAGUAGUUGACACUCAGGCGUAUACUAUGGUUAUACAUGAUCUUUACCAUAAUAACAGGGAAUCAUUCGUGACAACUGCUAGGAUGUUGCUGCUGUGGGAGAUCUGGGAUAAUGUUAUAAAAGAAACAAGCCUCACAGUGCCAAGACUUUACAAAGAAUUUAGCCCUGUUAAUUUGAAUUUUACAGUGGAUGGCUUAAAACUUAGAUAUUUAGGUCAAGGGCAGUCCGAGUAUUCUGGAAAAUUUGAUGGACUUGAAAUGCCAAAUUUUGCAGUAAUUCCACCAUUAUUUAGAAAUAAAACUUUAUUUUGUAAACCUCUGAAAGAUUUGGUUAAAGUUCUUGCUACUUACAUAUUUAAAACCGCUGAAAAUGCAAUCAAAGAAAGAAAUAUUUUUCAUAUAGCUUUUUCUGGGGGUAACACCCCAGUUAUUUUGUUUAAAGAGUUAUUAGGCAGUUUUCCCUUGUUUCCAUGGGAACAAACCCAUAUAUGGCAAGUAGAUGAACGUUGUGUUUCACAAAAGCAUGAAAAUUCUAACUUUUUGUCGCUCCAUGACAACUUGAUCAAAUUCACAAACAUACCAUAUUUCAAUAUACACCCGAUGCCGGUGAGCUUUGCAGGAAAAAUUUGUGCGCAUGAAAGCAAGGGAGAUAAUUUAUAUGAAGACAUGAUAAAUCAUCUUAUACCAGCUCAAGUAUUUGAUCUCAUUUUGCUAGGCCUAGGUACAGAUGGCCAUACAGCAUCUUUAUUUCCAGGGUAUACACAUUCUAAAAAAGAUAAAAGACUUGUAGCUUUAACAAAAUCGAAAGCAGACGGUAAUUUUGAUAGGAUGAGUUUAUUACCUCCCUUGAUCAAUAAUGCAAGGGAGGUAACUGUUCUAGUCACAACGAAGGAGAAACACAGUAUUUUACAGAAAAUUUCAGAUAUACAGACACGUAAUAAACAAUACCCAAUAACAUAUGUUUCACCAGUAUCAGGAAAUAUGUCAUGGUUCAUAGAUAUAGAAGCUUGGCUAGGACAGUAAAUCCAAAUGACUCCAUUUAUAUCAGCACUGAUAAUGCCAACUUGUUAUACUCUGCUUUGAAGAAGAUGGGGUAAAAUGUUUUGCUCAUGCUGGUCUGUGAACCAUUGGUUUUUUGAUCAGUAACUGAAAAAUGUUUCAAGCUUUAUGUGAUGAUUUGCUAGAGGUUUGUAGAUGACAUCUAUUAUUUUUGAGGGGUAAGUAGGUUAUAUUUUAAGGCACAAAUGACUUAGAGCCUGAAAACACUGGAGAAAAUAGUGGCUUACAGCCUCAGCCUUCAUAUUACAUUAUAAAUGAUAUAGUUCUUGUUUCAGAAGCCUAGAGGUCAUUUAGGCUGCAAACUAUUUUGGGUUAAUAGCUUGAGAAAAGCUUGGCCAACAUAAACCAGGUUUCAUAGAAUAAUUGCUUAUGGCCAGUAGAUUGUCCCCAAUUGUUUGGAAUCAAAGAUCAUUGUCACUUUAGGCUGCAAAGUACCUACUGUAAAAUCAGUAAUUUUUGUGGGGGACUAAUUUUCGUGGAUUUUGUGGUUGCGUCAUCCCAAUGAACAAAUAAAAUUCUUAUUCAUUUUAUUUUCAAAAGAUGAAAUCUACAAAUACAUAUCCCCACGUAUUAGCCGUUUUGGUCAAAAUAACGAAAAUUCAUGCCCACAAAAUUAAAUGAUUUCACAGUAUCUGUUACCUCAAAUGGGCUAAUACUGGGGCAUGUGUGUUCUUGAAGCAGCUUUUACAGCUCAAAGACUGAAAUUACUAACUUUAAGGAUAAUAAAACUGUCUUUAAAGAUAUCCAAUGUUUUCUCUAGAAUAGUUUAUUAUGCCCCCGAAGGGAGGCAUAUUAGUUUUCAACUGUCCGUCCAUUAGUUCGUUCGUUCGUCACAACGUUAACUUUUUGCAUGAAGGUACUUUACUCGCGAACCACUGCACCCAGGACCUUCAAACUUCACAUGCUGAUAGUACUUAUUGAGUACACGACCCUUACUGACUUUGGGGUCACCAGGUCAAAGGUCAAGGCGCUGCGGGGGCAUUUAGUGACAGCUCUUGUUUUUCGUUUUUUUUAGAUACUAACUUUAUUUUACAAAUCCUCAUCAAAUGAAUUUAACUUAACUUAAUAUAUAAACUGACUGUGUUUGUAGAGCUACAUUCACAAUUAAAUGUCUGACUAAGAGUCAUUUGUUAAGAAAAAAACUUGCAGUUUCUUAACAUUAGUACACUUUUAUACUGUGCAGCGCUAUAUAUGUAUUAGAUUUGUAUUAUUUUAAACGUAACAUACAUUAUUUGUCUAUACACGCAAACAUGUUUAUUUUAUGUUUGCAUAGAUACUAUAAAGUAAUUGUUUAUAUUUUCAGAUUUGAAUUCAGGUCUACUAUCUUAACCUUUAUCCUGCUGUAAUUCUAAAAUGGACUGGUCCAUCAUUCAAUUUGGGCAAUACAAUUAAUUAUUCGAAGGGGUGUUCACUGAAAAUUUACUGACUGAACGGCGAACAGUGCAGACCAUGAUUAGCCUGGACGGAUGUUCAAGCUGAUCUUUGUCUGCACUAGCUGCAAAGGCAAAAUCACUUGCAGCCAGCAGGCUAAAGGUUAAUAAAAAUUGCUGCAGUGGAUAAGUUAUUGUUAUGACAUGUGGGUCAAAUUGAGAUGUUCAAUGAUAUAGAUGGUUUUACUUUCUGAUUUUUUUCUUAUUACUUACUUAUUAAAAAAGUGUACUAUAAUAUAGUGAAUUUUGAUAAGACUUUCUUUUACAUUUAGAAUGAUAAUUUUUGGGGAUAUUAUAUUGUUACAUUUGUAAGAAGAGUUGGUUUCAUUUGAUUAAUUAAUUGGUCAACAUUCAGUAUAUGUAUGUUUCAUGGGAAAGUUAUCUGUAUUUCCUUGUUUUAUUUUGUCCAGAAUCAUACAUUUUGAUGCAUCUUACAAUAAUUUAUACUUUCGAAUCAUAGGUUAUAUUUAGAACUCUUGCAAAUCCUACUAUCUUUUCACAGUUAUGUUCCGACAUUAAUUACUAUGUGGGGUGUUCAGAAUGUUUAGGGAUAAGUGCUGUAACAUACUUCUUUCUAGAUAUAUUCCUUUGAAAUUGUCGGUAUUAUUAGACUCAUAUAUUAACUAAUUUUUGGGUAGGAUACCUUACAUUUUGUAUUUGUAUUUAUCUAUCCAAAUGAUUUUUCUGUCACUGUUGUAACAUCAAGUAGGCAUGAGUGGAGCACAUUGGCAGAGUUAAGGAACAUGUUUAUUUGACAUUAAUGAUCAGAAUCAUUCUGUAAAGCUUUGUCUUUAUAUGACAUUAACGAUAAGAAUAAAUCUGUAAAGCUAUGUGUUUAUAUGACAUUAACAAUCCGAAUUUAAAAUAAUUUAAGCUACAUGUUUAUAUGACAUUGAUGAUCAGAAUAAAUCUGUAAAUCUA